AUGAACGAAGAAACUAAUUUUACGGACAAGGCUUUAGAUAUUAUAACUAUUGCACAAAAAUUGGCACGGGAGCAUCAACAUUCGCAGCUUCUUCCAAUCCAUUUGUUAGCUGCGUUUGUUGAGACUCCAGCUGAUGGUUCGAAAGGUUACUUACAGAACUUAUUUGAGAAAGCUCAUUAUGAUUAUGAGACUUUCAGAAGAGAUGUUAAUAGUCAAUUAGUACGUACUCCAUCUCAAGAUCCACCUCCUUCAGAAGUGACUCCUGGAUACGCAUUUGCAAAGGUGAUGCAAGAAGCAGCCAGUAUUCAAAAGAAACAAAAAGAUACUUUCAUUGCACAAGAUCAUAUACUUUUUGCUCUUCUCGAUGAUUCCAAUAUUUCACAGAUACUCAAAAGAUGUUCAUGUCGAGCUGAAGUUAUUAAGGAACAAGCUCUGCUCCUAAGAGGUAGUCAGAAGAUUGACUCUCGUUCUUCCGACACCAACUCACCGUUGGAAUACCUAGGAAAGUACGCAAUUGAUAUGACAGAACAAGCCCGACUGGGAAAGUUAGACCCUAUUAUAGGUAGAGAAGAGGAGAUUCGGUCCACAAUUAGGGUUUUGGCCCGGAGGAUUAAGUCAAAUCCAUGUUUGAUUGGUGAACCUGGUAUUGGUAAAACUGCUAUUAUAGAAGGUGUUGCUCAGAGAAUUAUAAAUGAGGAUGUACCUAAGAUAUUGAAUGGCGCUAAAUUGUAUUCUUUGGACCUUGCAGCAUUGACUGCUGGCGCUAAAUAUAAGGGUGACUUUGAGGAGCGUUUAAAGGGUGUUAUAAAGGAAAUUGAACAGUCAAAAGAUUUGAUUGUCUUAUUUAUUGAUGAGAUUCACAUGUUGAUGGGUAAUGGAAAAGAUGAUGCGGCAAACAUUUUGAAGCCAGCUUUGUCUCGUGGUGAAUUAAAGGUUAUUGGUGCAACAACGAACAAUGAAUAUCGAUCCAUAGUUGAGAAGGAUGGUGCCUUUGAGAGAAGGUUCCAAACUAUCCAAGUUCUGGAACCUACUGUCAGGCAAACGGUUUCAAUAUUAAGAGGUUUACAAGGAAAAUACGAGAUACAUCAUGGUGUCAGAAUUUUCGAUAGUGCAUUAGUGACCGCAGCGCAAUUAGCUAAACGCUAUAUGCCAUACCGGAGAUUGCCGGAUUCUGCAUUAGACUUGGUGGAUAUAUCCUGUGCUGGUGUUGCUGUCGCCCGUGAUUCGAAGCCUGAGGAAUUGGAUUCUAAAGAACGUGAAUUACAAUUAUUGCAUGUAGAGAUAAACGCUUUGGAGAGAGACAAAGAGGCCGAUUCCAGUACAAAGGAACGCUUGCAACAGGUAAGGCAGAAAGAAGCUUCUUUGCAGGAAGAGCUUCAACCUUUAAGGCAGCGCUAUGAAGAGGAACGCAAAGGACAUGAAGAAUUGACAAAAGCUAAGGCAAAGUUGGAAGAACUCGAGACGAAGAGUCUGGAUGCAGAACGUCGUAGUGAUUACCAAACUGCUGCAGAUCUAAGAUACUUUGCGAUCCCUGACUUGCGUAAGAGGAUAUCUGAAUUAGAAGUUCAAGUCGCGGAAGAGGAGCAGCGAGCAGGCUCAAAUGCGAUGAUUCAGAAUGUUGUCGAUAGUGACACCAUAGCCGAGACAGCAGCAAGAUUAACAGGUAUUCCAGUAACCAAACUAACUGAAUCAGAAAACCAGAAGUUAAUUAAAAUGGAGCGCCAUUUGGCUGGUCAAGUGGUUGGUCAAAUAGAAGCAAUUAAAGCCGUAUCAAGGGCUAUCAGAUUGUCGAGGUCUGGACUUGCUAACCCCAAGCAACCAGCAUCUUUCCUAUUCCUAGGUCUAUCUGGUUCAGGUAAAACUGAGUUGGCUAAAAAGGUUGCGGGCUUUUUAUUCAAUGAUGAUACUGCAAUGAUUAGGGUGGACUGCUCUGAACUAAGUGAAAAAUAUUCUGUGUCAAAGCUUAUUGGUACAACUGCAGGAUACGUGGGCUACGAUGAAGGUGGGCUUUUAACUAACCAAUUGCAGAGGAAACCAUACUCAGUGUUAUUAUUUGAUGAGGUUGAGAAGGCUCAUCCCGACGUUCUAACAAUAAUGUUACAAAUGUUGGAUGACGGAAGAAUAACGAGCGGUCAGGGUAAAACGAUAGACUGUUCGAAUUGUAUAGUUAUCAUGACGUCUAACUUGGGUGCAACCUAUAUUAAUAACCAAGUAGGUUCUAAAAUAACGGAUGAUACAAAGCAGUUGGUCAUGAGCGUUGUUGGUUCGCAUUUCAGACCGGAAUUUUUAAACCGUAUAUCCAGUAUUGUGAUAUUCAAUAAAUUGUCCCGUAAAGCUAUUCAUAAGAUAGUCGAUAUCCGGUUAAAGGAACUGGAAGAGAGGUUCCGUAUGAACGACAAGCACUACAAAUUAAACGUAUCUCCAGAGGCACGUGAUUUCCUAGCGGAAAAUGGAUAUAGUGAGGAUAUGGGUGCUAGACCACUAAACAGAUUAAUCCAACAAGAAAUCUUGGAUAAGUUGGCUCUAUGCAUACUAAAGGGGGAGGUUAAGGAUAAAGAAGUUGUAAGAGUCGAACUAUAUAAAGACAAGACAGGUCUAAGUAUUAUACCAAAUCAUCAAUCAUCCACUGAUGCGGGCGAUGGAGAUAUGGAUAUAGAUGACUGGGAUGAUAUAACUGCUGAUUGUGAGCAAAUGGAUGACGAUACCGUUGCUCUGGACUAA